UCCUACGUCAACACAUGAAUUUGUGAAUUUUGUUUGCGUCGCAUUGCAGAAUUUCUAAUAGCUCACAUUAAAUAAAACAUUCUAACAACAAAAUGUCACAUAUGGUUAAAAUGGAGAAUGGACAAAGUCAAACCAUCCAAGAGAUGUUGGGUUGCAUUGAACGGUAUAACCCGGAUCAUCUGAAAACAUUGGAGGCUUAUGUGGAGGAUCAAGCUAAAAAUAACACCUACGACCUAGAAGCUAAUCUGGCAGUGCUGAAGCUUUACCAAUUCAAUCCUCACAUGCUAAACUUCGAUAUUACAUACACAAUACUACUUAAGUGUUUGACAAAUCUGCCUCAUACAGAUUUUGUAAUGGCUAAGUGCUUGCUACUUCCUCAACAAAUGAAAGAUGGAAAUGUGCAAACCAUAAUUGAUUUAGCAGAUAUAUUAGAGCGUACUGACUUUACACUCUUUUGGCAACGUGCGGAAGUAAAUCGCGCCAUGUUUCGUCACAUAGCUGGCUUCCACGAUUCCAUACGUAAAUUUGUAUGUCACGUUAUAGGCAUUACCUUCCAAACAAUCAGAAAAGAUUUAUUGAAGGAACUUUUGGGCAGUAUUGAGGAUUCCACACUAGAACAAUGGAUAAAGAAGUACGGUUGGAAACAUCAGGGCAAUCUGAUCGUCAUUGCUGUCCAAGAUGAGAAAAUUAAGACGAAAAAUAUCACUGAAAAAAUUGAAUUCGAUAAUUUAGGUGGUUUGAUGGCUCAGUGUUUGUAAUUGAAACUAAGAAAUUUUGCGAACUAAAUAAAAAGUUUUACACGAGAUAAACUAAA